AUUGGAUUUUAUUUCUAAAUAUGGAAGCCGUAAAUGCUGCCCGUAAAAAGUUUCAAUGCAGUGACCCUGCAUGCAAAAAAGACAGAGUAUACUUCUGCAAAGGCCACCAAAUGAAGUCAUGCAGAAGCUGAGCUAGCAAGAUGCACUUCAGAUGCCAAUUGGAUAUUAUCCACGAUCUGACUGAUCUCAACAUUGAAGUGAUUGAGACCAAGAGGUUUGUGAAGAGACUGUUCGAGCUCAUAGCUGAGAACUGUUUGAGAGCAUACAGCCCGAACAUUGAUGGCGAACUAAAAGAUUUCCAAGACAGCCUCGUCGAGACUGAGAAGAAAAUAAGAGAAGCAAUUGUUCACGACCAUUUCGAACAAUUUAACACUCUUCAGUCUCAGAUCAAACAGGUCCAAAUCCAGAUGGACGACAGCAAAGUAGUCAAAGAUAUUUUGUACUUGUCAACGUUCAGAGAUGUCAGCCUGUACAGCCUGCCCAAGAUCGGAAACGUCUUAUCAUCUGCCACCAAGGUCAAAGAGAAGAUCGACACUGUUGUCAAAGAAAACUUGAAACUGAUGAAGAAAAAGCUCCGUUCCGAGUCAAGGCAAUUUGAACAACAGUGCAAGGCCAGGCUCACCGAAGAGUUCAAAAAUGAGAUCCAGAGCCUGAAAGAUCUGAAUGAUGCCAAAGAUACGGAGCUUGAGGAACAGAAAGAAGCCACAGAGCAAGCACGUCAAGAUACCGAAGAUACCAAGAAGCAAAGAGAUGAAGCUUUUGCUGAAAAUGCCACAUUGAAAGAUCAGAAUAAAGACCUCAUAAACAUCAAGACUCAGCUUGAAGAGGAUUUAAAGGCCAAACUAGAGGAGAUCAAUGAAUCCAAGUUACAGCACGACAAAGACCAGGAAGAAAUAUCCAAGUUGGUUGAAGAGGUAAAAGAAAGCCAAGGACAAAUUGAAGAAACAAAAGAAAUCAUCAAGAAUCAGCUUACUUAUAUUUUCACAAACUUCGACCCUAAUUCUAAAGAUCUCAAUCUGAACAUGAAAAAAGAAGAAUCCCAGAAGCUAGCCAAGGCAAUGGUGGACAGCAAGUAUCCUCUUCACAAUAUGAACAGGCUCAAGAUAGAUUGCAUCUACAACCAGGAAGCUAUUGUUGACCCAUUCAUGGCUAACUCAGUGGCUUCUCCUCUCAAACUUUUUGGCUUAAACUUGAGCCAUGGUGCAAGCGGUGGAAGCAACACACCUAAAGUGAGUGAGCUGAUGAAGGGGCUGAAGAGCCUCCUGCCCAAUGUCACAAAGGAAGUGUUCUUGAAUUAUCUGAUAGUGAGUGAGGACGAUCUGAGUCAGAUAGUCAAGGCGUCUUUAAAUGCAGAAAGACUCACUAUACGUGCAAGCAAAAUUCUAACCUCAGACUCCCUCGACUUUUCCACUGCUGCUCAAUCCAAACUCGAAUACUUGAGUUUCAAUUGUAGUGGAAACGCUAGCUGGCGCAACAUGGAAUGGGAUAAGUACCCAGACAGAUUUGAAAAGAUCGUGGUGGCCAUCAAGAACUCCUCUCUCAAAGACUCCCUCAAGACCCUCAAUAUCUACAAAUGCAAUAUUUCCGCAUCCAAGGUGGGGGAACAACUGACAGACCAUGGCCUCUCCCACAUCAAUGUGGUGGAGGAAGAUAAUUACCCUCUUGAAGAAUAA